CACUACAACACUGAGAAACAGUGGCACAUGCGUUGUAGCUAGCUGUGAAGAAAGAGUAGUAUUCUCACAUGCAGCCCAGUGACUCCGCGCUACCUACCAACUGUGCCAUAAAAUCCCAGGCCUGUUGGAAAAAACAGUAGUACACUCACAGCGAGGAGACCACUAAGGCAUUUCAUUAUGCGCAUUAGGCCUGUAAGCACCUCCCAUUUCGGAUACAGCGUACUUUGAGUGACAGCUGCUUCAGGAAUCUGGCUGAGGACCGCAGUGGAGUAAACCUCAAAGAUCUGGUCCACGACCCGUCACUGCUUGGAGGCAUCAUAUCUUCCUACAAAAUAGUCCCAGAUGAGAUCGACGAGAUUAAGGAGACAUUGGUGGACUGGUGUGAUGAGAAAGAGCUGAACCUGAUCCUGACCACAGGGGGUACAGGCUUCGCCCCUCGUGAUGUCACUCCCGAGGCCACCAGAGAGGUGAUAGAGCGCGAGGCCCCAGGGAUGGCGCUGGCUAUGCUGAUGGGCUCGCUUCAGGUCACACCUCUGGGCAUGCUCUCCAGGCCUGUCUGUGGAAUCCGAGGGAAAACCCUCAUCAUCAACCUACCUGGCAGCAAGAAGGGCUCACAGGAGUGUUUCCAGUUCAUCCUGCCCGCUCUGCCCCAUGCCAUUGACCUGCUGCGUGACGCGGUUGUGAAGGUGAAGGAGGUUCACGAUGCCCUGGAGGACCUGCCCUCACCCCCGCCGCCCCUCUCCCCGCCCCUCACCCUCAACAGCGUCGCCUGCACCCAGACAGAGGAGAAGGGUGUGCAGUGUGAGGAUGAUGAAGAUGAGAAGAUGAAGGACAUUGGGGCGGCGUCCACCGAGGACCACCACCACACCCACUCCCACCACCGCCACUCCCAUUCCCACGGACACAACUCGCACAUCACCGCCGCCGCCAUCGCUGCCAAGAAGGGGAAGCCCCAGCAGCACCAUAACCAUGCUGUUGUCAUGGCAAAAGGUAGCCACUAUCAACCUGGCCUGCUAUCUGACCUCCCCCCAGCCCCACGUAAUUUCACCUGCUUCUGCUCUGGAGACCAGCCGGGAACGAUCCCAGACAGCAUCAUCUCCAGGGGUGUACAGGUUCUUCCCAGAGACACAGCCUCUCUGAGCACCACACCCUCUGAGUCGCCACGCGCCCAGGCCACCUCGCGCCUCUCCACUGCCUCCUGCCCCACACCCAAAGCCCGGCUCCCCUCCUGCUCAUCCACUUAUAGUGUCUCUGAGGCCGCACGGAGAGAGUUCAGGGCUCACCUGGAUGAGGUCACCACGCUCCAGUCUAGGUACUCUACCUUGGACCAGCUCCACUCUAGGUUGGAGGGGCUCAACGAGGACCACAGAGGCCAUAGCAGAACCUACGACUCGCGAGUUCAGUCGCGGUGUGGCAGCAAAGAGAACAUCCUGAGAGCUAGUCACAGUGCAGUGGACAUCACCAAGGUGGCUCGCCGGCACCGCAUGUCUCCCUUCCCCCUCACCUCCAUGGAUAAGGCCUUCAUCACUGUACUGGAGAUGACCCCUGUGCUCGGCACUGAGAUCAUCAACUACAGAGCUGUUCCACCUGACCCAGAUGCUCUCCAUUCCACCCUGUCUAUCGAUGGGAUGGGUCGAGUCUUGGCGCAGGAUGUUUACGCCAAAGACAACCUGCCUCCGUUCCCUGCGUCAGUCAAAGAUGGCUACGCCGUGCGAGCGGCUGAUGGUCCUGGAGAUCGCUUCAUUAUUGGAGAGUCACAGGCAGGACAGCAGCCCACGCACACGGUGAUGCCGGGUCAGGUGAUGAGGGUGACAACGGGGGCUCCUAUCCCCUGUGGGGCGGAUGCUGUGGUGCAGGUGGAGGACACUGAACUGCUCCGAGAGUCUGAGGACGGCACAGAAGAGCUGGAGGUGCGGAUCUUGGUACAGGCACGCCCUGGACAGGACAUCAGGCCUAUAGGUCAUGAUAUAAAGCGUGGGGAGUGUGUCCUGUCCAAGGGAACCCACAUGGGCCCCUCUGAGAUUGGCCUGCUGGCCACCGUAGGAGUCACUGAGGUGGAAGUGCAAAAGUUCCCCGUGGUGGCUGUCAUGUCCACUGGCAACGAGCUGUUGAACCCAGAGGAUGACCUGCACCCAGGGAAGAUCCGGGACAGUAACAGAUCUACACUGCUGGCCACCAUUCAGGAGCACGGAUAUCCUACCAUCAACCUGGGCAUCGUCGGAGACAACCCAGACGACCUCCUCAAUGCCCUGAACGAGGGCAUUAGCCGUGCUGAUGUCAUCAUCACCUCAGGGGGCGUGUCCAUGGGAGAGAAGGACUACUUGAAGCAGGUGCUGGACAUUGACCUCCAUGCCCAGAUCCACUUUGGACGGGUCUUUAUGAAGCCAGGUCUUCCCACCACGUUCGCCACUGUAGACAUUGACGGGGCACGGAAACUGAUAUUUGCUCUACCAGGUAAUUUCACCUUCAGAGACACAGGCGCCAUUCGCAUCGACCCUGUGCCCGACAGUGAGGCAAGCAGGGUGCCCGUGCCACCGCCCCCGCGCGGAAGUAACCCAGUGUCUGCUGUCGUCACCUGUAACCUCUUUGUCAUCCCUGCUCUGAGGAAGAUGCAGGGGAUCCUGGACCCUCGACCCACCAUCAUCAAAGCCAGGCUGUCCUGCGAUGUAAAGUUGGACCCUCGUCCAGAGUACCACCGCUGCAUCCUGACAUGGCACCACCAGGAGCCUCUGCCAUGGGCACAGAGCACAGGAAAUCAGAUGAGUAGUCGAUUGAUGAGCAUGAGAAGUGCCAACGGGCUGCUGAUGUUGCCUCCUAAAACAGAGCAAUACGUGGAGCUGCAUAAAGGAGAGGUUGUGGAUGUGAUGGUCAUAGGACGGCUAUGAUGAUGUCAUCUUACAGGGACAGAUAGAUAGACAGGAAGAGGAAGUGGUGCAUGUCCACAUAUCAUAACUAUUCUGUAAUAUGUAACGGCACAGCUAGUUUUUAUUGAUUUGGAUAAUAAAGUUGAUCAAGUAUAAUUAAUCACGAACACAAAAUAAAUGAGUACAUACAUUGAUCAUGAAAAUAUUAAUUUGAAAAGAUCAUUGUAUUUCAAAGACAAAAUGUAAUACCUAAAAAGUGGAGGGAAAAAAUAUAUAAAACAUAAGAGAAUUAUUCUGUAAUAUAUUAUAUUAUUAUUAUAAGUAUCAUGAUUAUUAUGAUAAUUAUUAAUAUUAUAUUAUCAUAUUAAGCAACUCUUGUUUCUCUUUCAUCCUUGCAAUUGCUUUGCGUGUUCAACCCUAGACCUUAUAGAUAGAUAGCAGUAGCAUUUCAAUAGGAAGCUGUAGGUGCUUAACAGGAUUAAAAAAGAAAGCCUAUUUUCUUAUCUCACAAAAAGGUUCAAAAUACAUCUUCUUUUUUACAACGAAAACCCUUUUGAGAUUGUCAGAAGUCCCUAUGUUCUGAUUAUCCACCCUUCUCCUAAAGUGUGCAUUUGCACACUCCCAGUCAUUUAAAUGCAUGGGUUUGGUGUAGGCAUUGGCUGGAGGUAGUUUCCACCAUUGCUAAAUCCAUGCAAGAAAGAAAACAGGAAAAGAGUGGAGAAUCAGGAUGUAACCUUGGUGCUCUGGCUUGAUAGGAGGAGUGCUUUCAGGGUCCUGAGGGUGCCUUUAGGUGACAGCUAUCUUUACCUCCCUUUAGUAUUCUUCUCUUCUAUGCCACAUUAUAUGGGCUUCAUUAUGCUUCAUAAUGGCUUCACACAGCUUUGCUUGUCGUUUAUCUUGUGAGUCGUGUUUAUGUGCGCAGUGCCAAAAGUGUCGGGCAUCAUGACGAGAACUGGGUCUGUAUUUAUAAAGUGGCUCUGAGUAAGAGUGCUGAUCAACGAUCAGGGCCCGUAUCCACAAAGCAUCUCAGUGUAGAAGUCCUGAUCUAGGAUCUGUCCAUAUAAUCUUAUUCAUGAUGAUCUGAAAUACAAAACAGAUCCUAGAUCAGAACUCCUGCUCUGGGAUUCUUAGCAUUUCGCCUCACCUGCUUUAACAUCUGCUAAUCUGUGUAUGCGACAAAUUAACUUUGAUUUGAUUUUUAUUUUAGAUGCUUUGUGGAUGCAGGCCCAGUUCCCCCCGGUCUAUAUAAUCUUAUUAAUUAUGAUAUAUAAAACUAAACUGAUCCUAGAUCAGCACUCCUACCCCUUUAUGAAUACAUGCCUUAAAGGUGGAGGAAGGCAGCGGCCCCGCUUCGUCAGUCUAACCUCACCUGGUACUAAAGUCCCACCCAGAGAUACGUAUAUCCUGGCUCUGGUCCCACCCUGUCCCCUGCCCUUCUACUCUACCAACACCCCGCUCUCCCCCACCCACACCCCUCCAGGACUGCUCACCUCACACACACUAGUACAGAUAGGUGAGGGAACUGGGGUAGGGAGAGAACUUUAUUUUAUUUGUUUAAUUUCAGAAGGAAGAAACAGCUUAUUUAAAGUGCUGACUGCCUUUUUAACAACUAUUAAAACAGUGUACAGAAAAAUAAAUAAAUAAAAAAGAGUGAUAUUGUACAGAUAUUAUGGUGACCAGCACUCCUAAAGAAAUUAAUGAAGCAAUGAGGAGAUAUUGAACUCUGUACUAUAAAAAUUCUGUAACAAUAUUGAUGAAGCUGAUGAAAAAUAAAAAAUCCUUGAUCAUUAUGUAAAA